GUUUUCUUCAGGUAUCCCAUCUUCCAAAAACAGGCUGAUGAGAAGCACCAGUCCUUGGGCUGCCAUCUGCCUGAGCGCCUCUACCCGGACAGGCUCUGGCUAAUGAUCUGGAGGACAAAACUCUACUGGAUGUGGAGCCACGGCCCUGAAAAUGGGAAGCUGAAAAUUAGGUAGAGAUUGGGAAUGAGUGACUUUUUUUUUUUUAACUUUUUUGACUUGUUCUCUCAAACCAGAUUAUAAGAUUCAUUCAAGUGGACCGUAUGUUGUGACAGCUGCCUUUGCUUACCUUGCUAUAUCUCUUUGAAACAUAGGCUGUGAAUAAGGUCCCCUGUCUUCAGAGCAUCAACCGGGACAGAGGCAUUGUGGAGUUUAAAGCAAACCAGCUGAGUUUUUACAUAUCAGACGAGACUCAACACUGGAAUCCACUUCACUGUUUAAGGAAGUUCUGCCCCACAAAGAACCAAAACACGUCUUACAUCCGGAUUGUCAACGAUUGUCAACAGCUACUACCCUCUUGACUCUAGAUGGGUGCAGUCUUUAUGAAGCUCUGCUGCUGCUGCUGCAUUGCCGACGAUGACGACGAUGAUGAAAAGCAGCCUUUAGUACCUCAGGAUCCAUUGGAGUACUUUAACCGCGAAGUCCAGAAGCGUCGUGAUGAGGAGACCAACCUGUGGAGCGAGCCAGGGGACCCCAGUCACUCGGAGAGACAGGAUGACCGUGUCCUUUACAGCCUGCUGCAGGCCAGGAACAAGACCCGCAUGGGAUCCACGGGCUAUCGCCGACUAAGUGUUGACAUUGAAGCCAUGAGAGACACCCGUCGAGAGGUCAGAGACAAAUGGAAGACAAUCCUGGAGAAUUUAGGUUUCAUGGCAGAGGCAGACUCGCUUCUGACGGUGUCUGCUGGAGCCUCAAAUGACCGCAUGCGUAAUGCCCCAGCAGCACGUGCAAUGCUGAAAACACUCCAUUCUGAGACGUCCAUCUUCAACAGCAGAGAGCCACCGCCAGAAAGAUAUCUGCUAAUCCUGGAUCGUCUACUGUAUCUAGAUAUAGCUGAAGAUUUUCUGGCAAAGGCAAAGCGCUUCUAUCCUCCAAAGGAAGAUUCUGACGAGGAGACACCGGGCCUGACCAUAAACCUGCCACUGCUGCUGGCCAGGGUAGAGGCCAUGAACGGAAGAGGCAAUGAUGAUGAUGAAGAUGAGAACGACAGCGGAAGAGAGGAUGGCAACAUGAGUGACAGAUCCUAAGAUCUACUGGCUGCAGUAAUAAUUGACACAAGGCAGGGGGCAGUAGUCAUCAACCCUGGAGACCUGGAUAACAGAAUCUAUAGCUUUUACAUUCAUGUGUCUGUUUCGUCAUACGUGUUGUUGCUUCUUGGAAAUUUUAGGCUGACCAGUUUCUUCUUUCCUCCCCAGCUUCACAGCUUGAGUUUUAUUAUGUUUCCUCCUGUCAAAGGGCUUUGUAGAUUGUCUGGUUAAUGUUACCAUGGUGUUUAAUGGGUUUUUUUCUGUCUGCCACAGACUUUUUUCAAAUCCUCAGCCUGUUCAUUGUUCAGCUGUGAACCUUCAGGGUAGCGAUGUUCCCUUGAGUAGGGCCUCUUUCUAUUUUGUCCUAUGACCAUCAGCAAGCAUUUUCAGUCAAUCACAUGAUCGGUAACAACACUGAAUAAAUAGCCCAGUAAACUGAUGUCAGCUUUUUCACAAGAAUGUGUGUUUGUCUAACUUUGAAGUCCUUAAAGUCUGUAUUUGUCUUCAAACGUUUAGGAAAAUAGCAGAUGGAAAUAUAAUAUAGUUAGUACAGUAUGUUGAACUCUUUAAAUUGGUUGUGUAUGUGACUGAGGUGAAUUUUAGGUGACGCAUGAGGGCGUGUUUUUUCCCCUCCAGCAAUUUACUGAAUAUGUAAAAAAAAAAAAAGA